GAAUAACCAAACGCAGCCUAAGGGCUUUCCUUUUCCUUUUUCCUCCUCCGCUGGGGGUGUAACGAGAACAGAAUCCGAUAAUCGGACCCGAAAAUGGCGUUGCAGACUGGGGUUUCGGCCUCCAAAGUCCUGAUCUUAGUCGGAGCAGGUUUGACUGGUUCAGUUGUUUUGAGAAGUGGACGAUUGUCUGAUCUCAUUUUCCAACUUCAGGAAUUGCUAAAGGGCGUGAAUGAAGUUGAGAUCUCACCUCAAAAGUAUGACACUGCACUUCUUGCAGCACAGAUUCGACAAUUGGCACAAGAGAUCAGGGAGUUGACUGUAUCCAAUCCUGUAACCUUUUUCAAUGGAAAUUCUGGCUCCAGUGGGAGUUAUGCUUCUUACAUAAUGCCAGCUGCUGCGCUUGGAGCAAUGGGAUAUUGUUACAUGUGGUGGAAGGGGUUGUCAUUCUCUGAUGUUAUGUUUGUAACCAAGCAUAAUAUGGCAAAUGCUGUUGCAACUGUGUCAAAACAGUUAGAUCAUGUAUCUGAAGCAGUGGUGUCAACUAAGCGGCAUCUAUCUAAAAGGCUGGAAAACUUGGACUGGAAGCUGGAGGAGCAGAAGGAAACAUCUAAGCUUAUUGCAAAUGAUGUGCAUGAGGUGAAGUCAGAUCUUUCUCAAAUUGGGUUUGAUGUUGAAAUGAUCCAACAAAUGGUUUCUGGUUUGGAAGGAAAGCUUGAACUUCUUGAAAGCAAGCAGGAUAUGACUAAUUCUGGUCUCUGGUAUCUAUGCCAAGCAGCUGCUGGAGGCAUUAAAGAUGGACUAAAUGCUAAACUUUUUCAGGAUGUUGGUGAUAGAAUACUGGACCAUUCAGCAGUGACGUACGAGGAGAACUCACUCAAGGGGCUCCAAUUCAUUGCCGAUACAAAUGAGUCAAGCACAAUAAAGAAAUCUGGAAUAAGUAGCAAGGAAACUAAUCCUAAUGAUGGUCCUGUCAAAAAGAUGUCGACUGUGAAAACAAGAAUACAUAGGGCUUAUCCUGUUGGGAUUUCUUUGACGCCCGGAAAUCAUGGGUUCUGAGUUGUGAUUUUUAUUUCAUAUAUGAUUGGGUUUGUGAGUAAUCUCCUUCCCAUUGAUUCCAACAAUGUGCACAGUUCUUUCUGACCAGUUGAGCCUGGUGACAUUAGUAUUUGUUUGAGGGCUGCUUUGAUUUACUUCCCCUCUUUCGUGAAGAGAAAUAUGUGAUCAUUUGAUACAUUUUGUUGUAACUAUAGUAUUCAAUACAAAAUGUACUUGACAUUCUAAUGAAAACUUGUUUGAAGUUCUGUGGUGAUGA